GGCGCUGUGAUAUUUACGUUCUCAGGGCCGCAAACCAGGCAGGAGGUUGGGGAGUGUUAUGGAUCGAGGCGGCACUAGCAGCAGCACCCGAGGUUCCCGAAGUGCCCGCUCCAGGUCGCGGCGGAGGCGCUCGGCCUCCCCUCCUUCCGCUCGGGGCCGGAGGAGGUCGCGCUCUUCUUCCCCCCGCCGCCGCCUCCUCCCCGGUGGACACUCGCCCGCACCGCGCCGCGGAAGAAGGAGAUAUUCUCAUUCACCAGGACCGCGGUCUCCAAAUCGGCACUCUGAAGACAGCAUGCAGACCUCUACUAGACUGGGCUUACCAGUUGAUAGCCUGAGGGGUUUUAACAGGGUUAAUUUGGCUCAUGAUCCAGCAUCUAGCAGACGUUUUUCAUUUCCUAAAAGUCUUAAUCGAUCUCCUUUGGAUGAAAACAAGCCUUUUAGUCAUGAUGCGGACUAUCGCAACAGCCAGCCAGACUAUAUGGUAAAAUAUAACCAUCUAGCACAUCUGUAUCCACAACAAGAAGCUGAUUUGGAUGGUGACCUACUCAAAGCAUCCUCAAAUUCAUCAAAAGAUAGAAGACAGGAACAUAAACACUUUAAUCAUGAUAAAGAUGAUAGACUACUUGAUGGGACUGUAGACCAAAAUGAUUUUAUACCAGGAGUACAGAAGUACUGUAAACAAAGUUUUAGUAGAAGCCCAAGCCCAGUGGAUCUGCAUGAACUUGAACUAGAUAGGCGAAAAAGAGAAGAGGUACACAGAAAUUUGACUCAAGAACUCCCUGGCAAUAGCUACAGGUUUCCUGGGCCAGCUAAACCAGUUUGGCCUUCUGAACCUCAUCAUCUUUAUACACCCGAGGAAGCACCAAAGGUGCCAAAAAAAUCAAUAUUGAGGAAACAUGAGGGGGAUCCCUCUGUGCAGCCUUGCAGCACUGAUAUUUCAUUGGAUGCAGAAAUUGUUUUGAAACAGAACAAAGAUUGUGAGUCAACUUCGGGGCCUGCUGAUCAACAGAAUGAUUUCUUUCUCCCUCAUGAAAGAGCCAGCCAGGAUGGGAAUGGCUUCUCGUGCGUUUUGGGCACUAUGGCAGAUUCUACCAGUGCUCAAGAAAAAAGAAAGCACAGUUUGCAUGAUCACAUUGAAGAUAAAGAGAAAAUUGUUUAUGAUUAUGGUCAUAAGAAUGACUCUCACAUUAACUCUUUCUGUGCUCAGAAGUUAACACUGGCUGUGGCAGAAAAAACUGCCACAGUGAAACAAAAAGUAACCUCUUUGUCUCUUCCUAGUUCUUUUGUUAAAACAGGCACUUCAGAAAAGUCCCAGCAAGAAUAUGAGAAGAUCCAGGACUUGCUCAAAACCAUUGGUCUUGAUAUUGGAUUAACGGAAAUUGGUAAGCUUGCUGCCCGCACUCAGGAACGACUCCAUGGGAAAAACACAUCUCGUUCAUCUGAUCGCCAUACGGUGGCAUUUCAUAAACCAGAAUCCCGGGAGAAGCAUCAAAGUAGAAGUGAUUCUAAAUCCUGGGAGAAGCAUCAAAGUCGAAGUGACACUGAUUCUAAAUCCUGGGAGAAGCAUCGAAGUCGAAGUGACACUGAUUCUAAAUCCCGGGAGAAGCAUCAAAGUCGAAGUGACAGUGAUUCUAAAUCCCAGGAGAAACAUCAAAGUCGAAGUGACAGUGAUUCUAAAUCCCGGGAGAAGCAUCGAAGUAGAAGUGACAGUGAUUCUAAAUCCCGGGAGAAGCAUCAAAGUAGAAGUGACGCUGAUUCUAAAUCCCGGGAGAAGCAUCAAAGUCGAAGUGACAGUGAUUCUAAAUCCCGGGAGAAGCAUCAAAGUCGAAGUGACAGUGAUUCUAAAUCCCGGGAGAAGCAUCGAAGUAGAAGUGACACUGAUUCUAAAUUCCGGGAGAAGCAUCAAAGUAGAAGUGACAGUGAUUCCGAAUCCCAGGAGAAGCAUCAAAGUAGAAGUGACACUGAUUCCCCAGAACCAAAGCGAAAAUACUCUCUUUCCCCUCCUGGUUCUUCCUCACCAUCUAAAGAUACAUUUUCCGAUUACAAUAAAAGGAAAACUGUAGGACGAGAUAAUCCUUUUGGCACAAUACCUGCACUCCCACCAGCUCUAACUUGUCUUUCUAAUUUGUCUCCUUCUCCUACUUCAUUUUCUUGGUACAACGUUCCAUACAUCACACCAUUUGGUGCAGCUCAGUUACCUCAAAACUGUACAGUUCCCACAGUUCCCCCUAGCUAUAUUCCAUAUGGACAAUAUGUGACUUAUGGAGCUCCUGGCUGGCCCAUGUAUGCUCAGCAGGGUGAUCCUGCACUUCCAGCCCUGCAUGCAUUUCAUACACCAAUGACGCCAGCGUAUGGUUCACAACCCAAGUUCAAGGCAAUUGAGGAUAUUUCCACAGACAAACAGUCUCUGUGUAAUGACUUAGAUGACUCUGUUCUUGAGGAAAUCUCUGGUACUGCUCCAAACUCUGAAUUGUCCUCUCAGUUGUCUCCACUUACUCUCAAAUCUGCCAAAGAAAAACUAUCUGAUGAACAAAAUCGAGUUUCGCAGAGGCAAAAGGUUAAACAGGAAAUAGAAAAGUUGAAGAGUGACCAAGACGCUUGGCAAAAACAACUGUUUUAUUUGAAAAUUGAGUUUAACAGGCUUUCAAGACUAAGAGACAAGAUGUUCCGUAAAAGUAAAAAGAAAAAUCCGUUGUUCGUGGAAGUGGUUCACAAGCGAAACAGUAUUGAGGUGGAGGUUGCUGACUUGACAAUCAGAGUCAGUGCUGCAGAGGAGAAAAAAUGUGAGCUUGACAAGGUAGCUCAGAUCUUAGGAAUCAACAUUUUUGAGAAAUCUUGGAAACCGUCUUCAGAAAGGAGAGAGUCCUCAGAAAAGUAUGACUGAAGACACAAAAAACAAGGAGAGGAUUCCUAGUCCAUUCAAGUCAUAAGAAGACAGCCAGAGAAGAGACAAAUGCAGCAGAAGCAAAGACUUUAAAAGUUUGUGCACCUCACUUGACCUGAUUCCGAUACAUCUUUUAGCAGAUGUGGUAAGAUUCUUGAGGUCAAGACUAAGCUUCAUGAAGCUCCAUAAAACAGCCUUUCAUUACUGUUAUGAUCCUAAUCUUGUAUAUAUUUUCAUGUUGUUUUGAUGUUUAAAGAAAAGUAAAACUGUUGUUAACAAA